GCCCGGCGUCCACGCAGUCAGUUGUGCUUCGACUCCUCGGAAGGUUAGUUACGCCGCUUCGCCCCGGGGACCAAAGCCGUCAUCGACGAGAGAGCGCCGAUUUAUUUUUCAUUUAUCCCCUUCGCUGCGGUUCUCGCUUUUCCGAUCUACUGCGAGACACACAAAGCCUCCAACCGAUAAAACAGCAGCGACGCGUAAUAGAAAAAAAAGGGCGGGCGGCGAACAAAAUUUUUUCCCGCUUCUGUAUUUUUUCUUUUGCGGUCCACCUUCAUCGCAUCCACUAAAAAAGGGGAACCCGACACAGCAACCACCAGCAGCAGACGAGGCCUUUCACCAGGACGUCCCCACCAGCCGUCGAGCGAGAACUAUCUCCCUGUUGGCACGACUCGGCCAGCGCCAGCUUAUCACCGGAAUCAGUCCGCCGUUCGAUGGAAACAGGAGUGUCCCGGUACAGCAGCGUUCCAGCAUGCGACGCGCCCAACAUAUCGCUGCUCCUACUCAGUAGCGAAGACGCCGACCCGACGAGGUGCGACGGAUCCGGGGACGUCCACGACGACUGCUGGCAACAACUCGAAGCCUUCUGGGGAGCCGAGAAGCACCGCUGCUGCCAGCAGCACGAGCCUGCCGCCUUCGAGAGCAGCACCGAGAGCCAGCUCGAGAACAGGGACUUCCUCAGCGAGCCGCCACCUCAGGAGCCGGUCGACGAGCCGCUAGCUAGGAAGGCGAACAAGGCAAACCAGGCGGCGCCGGCCAGCGACUUCUUGUACAUCGUCAGGGGGGAGGACAUCAACGAUGUGCCCACCAGCUACGUGGUCAACGGUAUCAAGCCGCACGAGUUCCCUGUUAUCGGCACCUACGUGGACAAGCGCGUCGUGCCGGGCUUCCGGUACGUGGUUCGCGUGAACCGCACCUCGCGCUUUCUGUUCGGCGGCCGGCCGCUGCGACUGGAGAGCGUGGGCCGCGGCUACGGCAAGCGCAUCACGUUCGAGGCGCCGCCCGGCGGGCUCAACGAGAACGACAACUUCUUCUACUCGGACACCAUCGCGCAGGGCUACGGCUUCGCGCCGGUCGCCGUCCAGGUCGGGGACCGCUUCCACGUCCAGGACUGCCAGGGCGAAGUCUGCGGCGACCUGGUGCUCGACGAACUGCUCGGCGAACAGACCGAGGUCUCGGGCGACGUCCGCAAGGAGGACGGCGCCAUCGUCAAGCAGAUCGCGGUCGACUUCCACGCGAGGUUCCUGUGCGUGAACAACAGGCUCCUGGACCGCCAGCUGGUCUGGAACAGGGUCCGUCUCAGCGCCGUCGCGAGACUCGUCAAGCCCCGCGGAUCGACCGAGGCACGUCUGGAGAAGCUGCUGCUUCGCGACUGUCCGCUGGCCGGCUACGAACUGGUUCCUUUCUCGCGCAAGGUGCAGCAACUGGUCAACAGCGAGGAAUAGAUAGGUAUAGGUGUGCGACCCACGCCCGACCGCAUCAGCUCCGGUUGUGGAGAUCUCUUCUUUGACGUUAUCGACCCGGCCCCGCACUGUACCGGUCGUAUUCGUUAAACCAAAGAGUCUGCAUCUCUCUCGGAGCGCACUCCUAGGGAACCAAGGAUCGCGAGCGUGAAACGACGACUCUUCUGGUCUUUGAGCGGUCUUCUCCCGCUCACCGAAGGAGAGCUGUCGAUUGCAUGGCCUGACAGGGCGAACCCCACGGACAGUGACCGUGUACGAGGCGAUCUACUGAAAGAGACUCUUGUGAAAAAGGAGACUAGAACGGCUCUGCUCGGCAGAAAGGACAGUAUUUAUGCGAGUCGUUUCGCAAGUCAGCGUGUUCAAAGCUGUUCGUAGAAGAGAGAAAACAAAACAAAACAAAUGAGUGCAGAACUACGUGCGUGGGGUGGUGGUCAGCCGGCUGGCCGUGCCCUGUUGGGAGAGUGAUAUAUUUUUGUCGAUCUUGUUCAUUCUACUCCCGUCCUUGUUUACACAAUUCUUUCAAGGAACUCUCUGCGCGUCUUGCAAUUCUCCUUUUGUUUAUUAUUUUGUUGUUGUUAGAGAAGAGGUACCAUACACCUCGCGCCCCUACUUUUGCCGCUUCGCUGUAGCCCUGGUAAGAACUCGUGUAUAUUUUAUACCAUUAUUAGUAUUUUUUACGUUUGUUCGUCGUCGUCAUCCGAGCAGCCGGAAUCAUUUGUUGUGAACACCGGGUCGCUCGGUUUCGACUUUGUGCGCAUUUAUUUAAUCGGUGAACGGUGUAAUUUAUGCACGGGCAAGCGAUGCCACGUCUAUGUUUCGCCGUUGCUGCUGCUCGAACGUCAAAUAAAGUACGAAAUAAACCUGACCUUGGUUUCUUGA